GGCUGCUUUGUGGUAAUGGGUCUCAGAGUUUUGCUUCUGGGUCUUGUUCUUGUGGUUCUAAUCGGAGCUGCCUCGUCGGCUCCGACUACUGUCACUUCCAAGAUUUUAAAUGGGUACUUCUCAAAUUUGGCGUCUGUGUUUAUGAAAUGGCUGUGGUCACUGAAAGCAACAACCAAGACAGCGGUUUCGGGGCGUCCGAUGGUGAAGUUUGAGAGUGGGUUUACGGUGGAGACGGUGUUUGAUGGGAGCAAGCUUGGUAUUGAGCCUCACACUGUUGAGGUCUUGCCUAAUGGGGAGCUUUUGAUUUUGGACUCUGCUAAUAGUAACAUUUAUAGAAUCUCGUCGUCUCUAUCUCUAUAUAGCAGACCAAAGCUGGUUGCAGGGUCCCCCGAAGGCAAUGUUGGACAUAUAGAUGGAAAGCCCAGAGAGGCAAGAAUGCACCACCCAAAGGGGCUUACAGUUGAUGACAGGGGAAACAUUUAUAUUGCAGACACAAUAAAUAUGGCAAUCAGGAAGAUUAGUGAUGCUGGGAUUACAACAAUUGCAGGAGGGAAACUGGGCCAUGGGGGAAGCCAUGUGGAUGGACCAAGUGAAGAUGCAAAAUUUUCCAAUGACUUUGACGUGGUUUACAUUGGAAGCAGCUGUUCCUUACUCGUCAUAGACAGAGGAAAUCAAGCUAUCAGGGAGAUCCAACUCCAUUUUGAUGAUUGUGCCUACCAAUAUGGAAGUGGUUUCCCCCUUGGGAUUGCGAUGCUUCUGGGGGCAGCCUUUUUUGGUUACAUGUUAGCACUACUGCAACGAAGAGUGGGUACAAUUGUCUCUUCCCAAAAUGAUGAAGUCCCAACCAAGCCAAGGAUGCCAUCAAGUCCAUACCAGAAGCCUCUGAAAUCAGUCAUGCCACCACUGAUUCCAACUGAGGAUGAGCAGGAGAAGCAAGAAGAAGGUUUCCUUGGAUCACUUGGAAAGCUUUUAGUCAAUGCCUGGGCAUGCGUUUUGGAAAUUCUUGGGAAAAAGCAUUCAAACUAUCAAAACCAAAGCCCUCUGCAACAGCAGCACAAACAUUCAAAUACUUGGCCUGUGCAAGAUAGUUAUGUGAUAGCGGAUGAGGAUGAGCCGCCUACAAUUGAGACCCGAACCCCUACUCCACGUAAAACCUAUGCGUUUAUGGCCAAGGAUGCUGAAACAAUCCAACAGUUGCGACAAAGCCGAGUUUUCUACAAUGGGUGGGGUGAUCAUCAACAACAGCAGCCAAAACAGCAGCAGCAUUAUCAUCGCCAUCAGUCAUCCACUCCACAUACUUUCUAUGAGCAGAGCUGUGAUCAAACCACUGAGAUUGUGUUUGGGGCGGUCCAGGAGCAGGAUGGGAAGGUUGAAGCAGUGGUCAUUAAGCCUAUUGAUUAUGGAGAUCCCAUGCUUGGUCAUCGCAGUGUCAGCUACCGGUUCACUUCAAUGGGUUAUCCCCGUGGUUAUUGAUGAUAUACAGUCCAAGAGAUGCAUAGUUUUGACCUGAUUCAAUCCUAUAUAUAAAUUCCUUCCAAACUUAGGUAUAUAGGUGGUAUUAAGGAUGUAGGUGAAGGGUUUCAGCCUUUCAGGGAACAGCUUUGUUGCAAUGGGGAAUGGCCCUUGUUGAAGUACAUUGGCUUAUAAUUGCCAUCAUAAUUUAUGAAUGUUGGUCUCCUUUACCGGAAUGUG